UGACUUUACUAGAGUAUAUAUUAAUCUUUAUUAAUCAAUUUAUCGCAGUCAUACUUCUGAUCAACCGGAGGAACACUGAUUUUGCAAUGUUUAGUUCAGCAAUUUUUUGCUUUAAUUUUAUUUUCUUAACUUCUUUUAUUUCUGCUGAAGUUCCAUCAUAUAUACCAAUAUGUGGUCGAAGAGAUCCAAAUUUGAACGAGUGUAUUAUAAAAAGUGUAGAUAAAUUACGUCCAAAACUACGCGAAGGAAUACCUGAGCUCAAUGUGCCUCCGGUGGAUCCUGUUUUCCUCAAAGAUGGACUUCCACUUACUGAUUCUCCGGACUUCAAAGCUGGAGCAUCAAAUAUUAAAAUUUACAAUGCUCUUGACUUUGAAGUUAGAGGGCUGAACGUUGAUCUCGAAAAUCAGAGAAUAGAUGUCCGUCUUUUUUUCAAAAGAUUGAGGCUGACGGGCGAUUAUGACGUAAAAGCCAAAAUCAUAGUUCCAGUUGAAGGAACCGGUCCCAUUGAAAUCGACAACAAGGACAUCGAAUCUAACUCAACAAUGACAUACCAGUUAGUGAACACUAAGAAAGGCAAACAGAUGUUCUUCUCCGGCAUGAAAAACAAACUGAAAAUCGGGGACUACAAGUCAGUUUUUACCGCUAAAACUGGACCAACUGCUAAAUUCUCUGAAGCAGUUAAUGCCGUAAUCAACGGAAAUAGACAAGAAAUCCUUGAUACCAUUACUCCUCAUAUCGAAAAAGCAGUAUCCACAAAAAUACUUGAAAUAGCCAAUCAAAUAUGUAAAAACUUCACAUAUGACGAAUUAUUCCCCGAUCGAGAGUAAACUUUUUUUUUAAACGUAAUCGUAGUAAAUAAUUUUUCAUGUACUGAUGGUUGACAUUGAUAUUGUACACGUGAGAAAGAACGCACGUGGUUGGUAUAAUCUAAAAAAACUAUAGUUAACUGUCAAGACGAGUAAAUAAUCAUAGAUACUAUUUUUUAAAUGCUUCAUUACUUCGCUGAUUUAUUUAUGUUUGACUUAUAUGUGAUUAUAAAAUAAGGAAGAAAAUAAAAAUACGUUGAUUUACAUUAA